UCAGAUUAGGCGUGGUUAUAACGUGCCAACUCCAUGCUGCCACGUGUUUGUACGGUGGGGACCGACUCGGUUACCCGGAUUUACAAUUGGAUAGUCCCCGUUUUUAUAGUAGCCGGGUCGGUGACUAAGAGAAGCCUCUGGCAGGAGCCAUGGGAAGCGAGGAAGAGAGGCUUCUGGAGACCCAACUGGAGGACCAACUACAUGAGCAAAAAGACUCUCUCACCGCCCUCAAAGAUGCCAUCGCCUCUGACCCUAACAAUCCCGAGCUCCUCGAGAUUUAUGAGGAGCUUGUUCAGGGAAUUAAAGAUGCUGAGGAGGGGCUUUUCCUCUUAAAACGUGCAAGGUUACUUCGUGAAGUUGAUGCAACACUAGAUGGUUCUGGUCAUACCGAUGAGGAUGUCAAGCCUGAACCUUUGCAACCUGAACCUUUAGAGCCUGAGCCUUUGCAGCCUGAACCUUUGGAGCCCGAACCUUUGGAGGACCCCAAUUACUCUAUUGGUUCUAAAUGCAGAUUCCUCCACACUGAUGGACGUUGGUAUAAUGGUCAAAUUGUUGGGUUGGACAAUUCAAAUGUUGCAAAGAUUUCUUUUCUCACUCCAACAUCAGAAAACAUGAUGAUUUGCAAGUUCUUUCUGCAGCAACGAUGUCGAUUUGGUAAUAAGUGCCGUUUAUCACAUGGGGUUGAUGUCCCAUUGCACUUCCUGAGAAAAUACAUUCCAACAGUAUGGAAUCAGUCACUGGUAGGAUCCAGUAUUUGGGCACUCACUGACAAAGGUAGGCCAUGGAGGGAAGCUGAGCUUGAGUCAUGGGAUGACAUACUUGGGGAAGGGAAAGUGGUUUUUCGAGAUGAUGGAACCUCUGCAAAACUUGGUGAGGAAGCUAUAACAUUAUCUGAGUAUGCUGAAGUGAGUGAUGAGGAAGAAAGCGAUUCUAGCUCAGAACAAUCUGAUUACAGUGACGAUGAGGAAGGGGAUUUACAAGGUUUGGGAUUUCUAGAAAGCAGCAACCUGCAGAGGGGCAUCCAGAAAGAUACCGUUGUAUUUGCCAAGUGGGAGAACCAUACCAGAGGUAUAGCUUCCAAGAUGAUGGCCAAUAUGGGUUAUCAUGAAGGGAUGGGUUUAGGUGUUUCUGGACAGGGAAUGUUGGAUCCUAUAAAUGUGAAGGUUCUUCCUCCUAAGCAAUCUCUUGACCUUGCUCUUGAGUCUCAAGGAGCAGAAGAGAGUAAAGGUAAUCAAGAGAAUCGGGGGAAGAAGCGGAGCAGAGGUGGUAGGAAGAAACGUGAUAAAAAGUAUGCAGCAUUGGCUCGGGCAGCAAAAGAAGAAGAAGAAUCGACUCCAGAUAUCUUCAGUCUUAUUAAUAAUCAACUUGCAAUGCAUGGUGAAGCUUUAAAUGGCGGGUCACCAAAGAAGCAGCAUCGAAAAGGUACAGAGGAGAAAAAAGUGGACCGGCGAGCUUUGGUUGCAUAUGAUGACGAGAUGAAGGAUUUGAGGAUGCGUGUAGAGAAGCUUGAAGAGAUGGUUAACAGAAACAAAAAGGAGAAGGUGGUUUAUGAGGCAGCUAUGAGGAAAUUAACGGAGACUCGGAAAGCAUUAGCAGAGGCUGAGGCAGCUCAUGCAUCUGCAUCCAAUGCUGUUGUCAGCAAAGAAAAAGAGAAGAGAUGGCUUAAAUUUUAGAACAGGUUUAUAUUUAUAAUUUCUUUAUGUAAUAGUACAUUGCUCCAAGAAAAUAUUAGGUCAGGAUUUUCUGCGUAAAAUUAAUUAUCUUUUAGAGUUUGUUUUUCGUUCACUUUUUAAUUAACAAAAUCACUUAUAAUUUA